AUGCCGACUUCACUCCCUUCACCGCCGAUUGUCGCCUCCACCGCCGCCUCUCGCGCAUCGCACCGAGCCUCCACAUCCGUCCGACAUGCGACUCCCAAACAGACCACCGGUAGUGUCGGAGCUGGAUCCGCAGGACUGCGCAGCUCAAAAGUGCGAGGGAGCUCGGAUAAGGAGAACGGACCGCAGGGAGGCAAAGUGAGCGCUGGCAAUGGAGCACGCCGUCAGAGUGUGGUGCCGCGAGACGGCUUUGGACGAGAGAAGAUGCCCAGCAAGGAUGGCACGGCACAGAGGCACGCCAAAGAGGUGGAAGGGCUGAAGGACUACCAACUGGGACAUUGUCUUGGCCGCGGCGCAUUCGGCAGUGUGUACUGCGCUUUGAACUGGUCUACUGGUGAGACCGUCGCGAUCAAGCAGGUGCGCUUGUCGGAUAUGCCUCGGACGGAGCUGAAUGUCAUCAUGCAAGAGAUUGAUUUGCUCAAGAAUCUGCAUCACGCGAACAUUGUCAAAUACCACGGCUUCGUCAAGACGCCGGACAGUCUGUACAUUAUCCUGGAAUACUGCGAGCAGGGAAGCUUGCAUCAGAUUUGCAAGAAUUUUGGAAAGUUCCCCGAGAACUUGGUCGCGCUCUACAUUGCACAAGUCCUGCAGGGUCUACUCUUCUUGCAUGAGCAAGGUGUUAUACAUCGAGACAUCAAAGGAGCGAAUAUUUUGACGACAAAGGAAGGUCUGGUGAAGCUGGCGGAUUUCGGUGUUGCGACCAAACAGCAGGGGUUGAGUGAAGGCAGCGUGGUGGGAACACCGUACUGGAUGGCGCCGGAGGUGAUUGAGCUCUCUGGUGCGACGACCGCUUCCGACAUUUGGUCGCUUGGUUGCACGGUCAUUGAACUGCUCGACGGGAGGCCUCCAUACCACCAAUUUGCGCCAAUGCCAGCGCUAUUUCGAAUUGUCAACGACGACCAUCCGCCUCUUCCGGAAGGAGCCAGUCCGACAGUCCGGGACUUCUUGAUGCAGUGCUUUCAGAAGGAUCCCAAUUUGAGAGUCUCCGCGAAGAAAUUGCUCAAACAUCCUUGGAUCGCCAGCGCGAGGAAGACUGCAGACGUGAGGAAGCCUCGUACCGAGUACGACGAAGCUGUCAAGAGCGUACAGCAGUGGAAUGAAGCGUUGAAGGCGAGUCCUCCGCCGGCUACUACGAAAUCUGCAACACGAAACCAUGCCGGAACAAUUGGCAAAUCGGCAGGGCGGCGGACGUCGCUUGCGCCAGCCAGCAAGACUCCCAAUGCAUCGAAUCAACCUCCCGCCAAACCCGCCUUUCGUCUCGGGCAGCGAAGACCUCACGCCGCGGAAUCUUUCCAGUCUCCUAUCGACAAUGAAAGGCAAGAUAACUGGGAUUCGGACUUUGAAUCGCUCUCGUCAGGGGUCUCUGGCCUUCAGAUCCCAGAUCGACUUCGCCCGCAAGACAACUUCGCUGGCCUCUUCAGUUCAGAGAAGCUGAAGCAAUAUGCCAACCUCGACGCGGUAUCUGAGAUGGACGGGAAAGUCGAAGCGUGGGAUGAAGAAUUCGAAGGCGAUCUCACGGUCCGGUCGUCGAUGAAGAUCACUGCCGGAGAUGCUCUGCAGACCGUGCGUCUAUUCUUACCAAAAGAUACGACGAAUGAAGAGAUCAAGCAUCAGUCUCCUGGCAGACUGGCAGCACGCACUCGUCGAAAACCCAGGCUCUCGCCUGCGCCAAUCAGCAGGAUUAAUUUCUGCGAGGAUGAGGAAGACGAGGAUUACUCGGACUUGAUCCCGAACGAUGAGGAUGCUUUCAUCAAAAAGAUUGCCGACUUCUCGCCCAGCCGGCGAUUGAACGCAGGUGGCGUACACAACGUGCAAGCUUUGAUCGCCGGUGGCUCUCUUCGUAGGACGCGGACACGCACGCCGACACAUGUGGUGCAUGAUGCGGCGGCCAUGAAGCGGACGAGGAGCUCAAUGGAGAUUCAAAAGUAUGCCGAGGAUGAACACGACGAAGACUUCACCGAGCUGUUGUUUGACGAGGAGCCGGUCCUCUCGCAAGCGGUAUCUCGCUCGCCCAAAUCUGCUGUUUCGAUGGGUAGUGAGUUUGCGGGCUCGGAACGUGGAACGCUGAAGCUGAACAAUUCUUCUUCGUGGGGUGGCGAGGAUGAAGAUGAGGACGACGACCCGUUCGCUGCGCUGGAGGAGGAGCUGGACGAAGUGGACCUGGAGUCAAAUGUCGCCAGAGACAAACAUGCUCGCUUGUGCGCAGUGGUCGAAGGCUUGGUAUGCGAGCUGAAACUCGGGCAACCGGAGGACGUCUUGACGGAUAUCGUCCAGCAACUCUUGCAGAUCCUCGCCGAGUCUCCCGACGUCAAAAGCGUGAUUGUCAGCAGCCACGGGAUGCUGCCGAUUCUGGAGAUCCUCGAAACAGCCAACCGCCCGCACAUCAUAUUCCGCCUCCUCCGCAUUGUCAAUCUCAUCUUGGAGAGGAACAUUGAGGUUCAGGAAAACCUCUGCUUCGUGGGCGGAAUUCCAAUCAUCACCAAGUUCGCCCACAAAAAGUACAGCUCCGAUAUACGCCUCGAGGCUGCUGCGUUCGUACGAGCCAUGUACCAGGGCGGUGUCAGUCUGCAGAUGUUCGUCAGCUGCGGUGGACUGAACGUGUUGGUGGAGUUCCUCGAGGAAGACUAUGACAGCGAUGCCGGGCGAGAGUUGGUUCUGGUCGGUGUUAACGGUAUCUGGUCGGUGUUUGAAAUGCAAGGCCCGACGCCGAAGAACGACUUUUGCCGGAUAUUGUCUCGAUCGUCCGUUCUUUAUCCACUGUCUCUCGUGCUCAAUCGGGUCCUGGACGAGCGUAACGAGAACCUGGAAGACGAAGAUGCGGCGACUGUUUCGGAAGUGAUUGAGGGACGCAUCGUGAACAUUUUUCUUCUUUUCUCGCAGGCUGAGAAUCACGUCAAGGAACUGGUCGCCGAACGCAUGGUGCUCAAGCGGGUUCUGAAGGAUCUCCGUCGUAUGUCACCUCAACAUCAGAUCACGAUGCUGAAGUUUAUCAAGAACCUCAGCAUGCUUGCCACCACUCUGGAUGCUCUACAAAACAGCAACGCCAUUGAGGUCUUGACGGAUCUGCUCAACUCUAUCCUUUCUUCUCCGGCUUCCUCGCAGGGAGCCUACUUCCGCGACAUCUCCAACCAGGUCCUCAACACCAUGUUCAAUCUUUGCCGUCUUUCCAAACCGCGGCAGGAGGAUGCGGCGCUUUCUGGAGUCAUACCACUUCUGCAGCGCAUUGUUCAGACGGAGCGGCCUUUGAAGGAAUUCGCACUCCCGAUUCUGUGUGAUAUGGCUCAUUCCGGAAAAGUAGGGAGGAAGAUACUAUGGCAGAACAAAGGACUACAAUUCUACGUCAGUCUGCUGGCGGAGCCAUACUGGGCUGUCACUGCGUUGGAUGCGAUUUUCGUCUGGGCACUCGAAGAGACCGCCAAGGUGGAGGAAUUCCUCAUCUUGGACGACGAAGACGUUCGCGCGAAUGCGGGCAGGGGCAAGUCCACAUCGACGAGUUUCGCCUCGGCGAUGGUUUCCUGCUUCAAUACUGCCAAGGCCGAUGCUUUUGAAAAUCUCCUGGAACCUCUGCAGAAGUUACUGCGCCUGAGUCCUGCUGUUGCGGGGAGCUUGGCGCAUCGGAGCCUGUUCGAACGGUCCGGAGUGAAACUUCACAGCAAGAAGGCCCUCGUCCGACUGAACCUCCUCAGGGUGAUUCGAAGUAUCUGUGACGCGAGCGAGAAUGUCUCGGGCAUGGCAGGACAAGUCGAGGGAUCUCUGCUCGAACGCUAUGGUCUACUGGAAGCAGUACGAGCUCUCGCCGUCCACGACCCGGCGAUUUUGGUCCGCGAAAUGGCGGGGGAUCUGGUGCGGAGUAGUGAC